UGAUGGUGAAAUAAAUCUGUAGAGUAGGACGCUGCCACAGUCACGAAUCGCCAAUAGAAAAUGAAUUAUGGCGUAUCCGAGGCUUCGUCAUUACAGGACGAUGACGGCCAUAUGUUUCGUGUGCAACCUGCCGAUUCUCAGCCACCAGGUGGGUCUGGUGUGGCAGGGCGGCAACGGUUGGGACGACAUACUGCGCGAGCAGAUGGAGGAGACGACGAUCAAACAACGGCUGGGYGGUCGUCGGGACUCGGCCGCGCAGAUCACCACCGAGUCGCCGCCGACGGAGACCGCGGAGACGUCACCACCGGUCAGCCGGCGCCGGAGGCGCAGCUCGCUUGCCCAGCUCACCGACAUAUUGCGCGAGUGGAGCGGUACCGGCAUGGGUGGAGGUGGCGUUGGAGGUGGAAGUGGAUCGGGCGGUGGAGGCGGUGGAGGUGGUGGAGGCGGCGGCGGUGGAGGAGGUAAGUCGGGUAGCCGGCCAAAGGGCAUCACCAGGCGCGAGACACUGGCCGACAUCGCCAAGACGCUUCCGUUUGGUCGGUCCAACACGAUCACGUCGUCCCGAAAGCGGCGCGAGUCAUCCGUUGAUUCAGGUGUCAAAUCGUCGUCCAGCAAAGGUGGACGUCGAGACUCYAAGACCGACUUCCGAGCUGACAUUGCCAAACUGCUCAACAACCGCCGUGACUCCAUCAUAACACCCAGCAGCAUUUCGCAGCAACCAAGGCGCAGAGGAUCUGGAGACAUCGGUCAUUCAGACGGCGAUGGCGGACGUCGYGGGUCUAGGGAUGACAGCCGUGCGUUCCGACAGCACCGCACGUGUCACAAGCGCAGGGACUCCCAGGCAAUCGUUGUGCCGGGUCAGUCCACGUCUUCCAAUGGGUCGACAGGUGGCCACGGCGGUGGGGAUGGUCCUAUAAAGACGGUGGACGACCAGACCAUGACGCCACCGACGAUGGUCAUCAGCAGCGUUACGCCUCCUCCCACUUCGCCACGCGCACCUCUAUCACCCACUCACCACCACGCACCGUCGUCUUCUGUCUCGUCCGGCACCACGUCCAUCUCCAAUGCCGCUAACUCCACCUCCAUCACCGCCACUUCCAACACUUCUAUGGUGAACACGCAGCACAGCGUGUCAUGCGGUUACACUCCACCAGUGUCGGGGCCCAGCUCACCAGUGUCUGCGGUGCCAUCGACGCAGAUGUACGCCAGCAACGUGACGCACGCGCCGCCCGUGUCCCGAAGAGACUCCACCACACAAGUGUAUUCCUCGAGAGCACGCCGGAAUUCCAAACCUCACGUGUCACCCGAACGAAGGCAUAGUAAGGACGGAAUAUCAGUUGGGAACAAGUUACCCAGAUUGCAGCGUCAAUCGACAGCCAUCGACGAGACUUGCAUGCCUUCGAGCCAGCUGUGUGGCCGCCGGAGCUCGCAACCUACGCUGUCCGCGGAUCAGGACUUUACAGACCGGAAGACCAGGCGCGACUCGCUGUCACCCGACUCUGCGCACUACGCCCGUCGCAGAGACUCCAGAGUUAGCGGUGGUCUGUCUCCGGACAGACAGGGCAGGGAUGUAUCUCCAGGCAGACAAAGGCGACGUAGAAACUAUAGACGCCAGAGCACCACGAUGGGUGGUUAUAACGUACGCAGCUGCCAGUCUUCCAGGUCACCAGAUUCGUCGUCAUCAUGCUCGUCCAGAGAACCUUCGCCUGCUGGCAGGGCCGUGGCGCCUGCGACUUCUCAACGGACGCCGAUCAUCCGGAGACAGUCCACAACCGAAGAGAUAUUGAUUGCGAGGGGCUUCCGGCGACAAGUGCGUGUUUCCGGCCAUUGUAGACUUACAUGA